AUGGCGCGCAAGAAGAUCCGCGAAUACGAUGGCAAGCGCAUUGUCGCGAGGCACAUAGUCAAGCGCAAAAAUGUCAAGCUGGGGGGUGCCGGCGCGAACGUCGCAUCCCCCAAGCACUGCCUCAACGCCGCGCAGGUGAGUGCCUCGGCCGUCGAGGCAGCGGUGUCCGCCGAGGCCUUCUACAACAAGCUCGCGAAUGAACAGCCGUGGUUGCUCGAGACCAAGCUCGUCGUCAAGCCGGACAUGCUCUUCGGAAAGCGCGGCAAGAACAACCUCGUCCUGCUCAACGCCGAUUAUGCAACUGCCCAAAAGUUUAUCGCAGACAAGAUCGGCACCGAGGUUGACGUGUCGGGCGUCAAGGGCACCCUCACCACCUUUUUGAUUGAGCCGUUCGUGCCGCACAAGGAGGAGUAUUAUUUGUCGAUACAGACGGUGCGCGAGGGCGAUCGCUUGAGUUUUGGCGCGUGCGGAGGGAUUGAAAUCGAGGACAACUGGGACAAGGUCAAGUCGGUUACUGUCCCGAGCGGAGAGCCAGAAAUUGAUUCGCUGCUUGAUCACGAAAAGCAUGUCGCCCCGCUGCUGGAGGGUACUGACAUUCCGGCGGAAAGCAAACAGGUUCUCGCUAGUUUCAUCGUUGCGUGCUACGAGACCUACGUAGAGUUAGAUAUGACGAUGCUGGAGAUGAAUCCGUUUGCACUCGACGAACAAGGCCUUCCUGCCAUCUUGGAUUCCCGCGUCGAACUCGAUAGCUAUGCCUCGUUCAAGAAUGCAAAGCUGUGGGGCCCAGAUCUUGAAUUGCCAGAGCCCUGGGGCCGACAGAAAUGCGAAGAGGAGCGCAUAAUCCAGGCCAUGGAUGAUAGAUCGGGCGCUUCCAUGAAGCUCUCCGUCCUCAAUCCGGAGGGAAGGAUGUGGACCAUGGUUGCUGGUGGCGGUGCUUCGGUUAUCUACGCCGAUCAAGUCGUGCAGCUGGGCUUUGGCGAUGAGCUCGGAAACUACGCCGAGUAUUCUGGAAAUCCAAAAGAGCAAGAAACUUAUAUGUAUGCCAGAACGCUUCUCAAUCUGGUCACUCGUAAUCCGGAUGGGAAAAGGCGCUCAUUGAUCUGCGGCGGAGGUGUUGCAAACUUUAGCGACAUAGCAGCAACUCUUGGCGGCCUUCAACAGGCUCUCACCGACUUUCAUGGCAAGCUGCAGAUGGCCAAGGUCAAGGUCUUCGUCCGUCGUGGCGGGCCAAAUUACAAGGCUGGGCUUCAGUUGAUGCGAGACCUCGGCAACAACCUUGACAUUCCCAUCGAAGUGUACGGACCAGACACGAACAUGACACAUAUCGUUUCGUUGGGCAUUCGAUGGAUUAAAGAAGGGCAUUGAUAGCCUGCCUAUCUACGUUGAGUUGGAAUAAAUGAGUAUAGUAGCAAUCACAUUCUUGCGGCGAGACUGCUCAGGGUGAUUUUUA